GUCAUGUAAGAGUUUCAAGAUGGCGACGUGAAUUUAACAUCUACAAUGGCUACUUCGCGGCAUUCAUUGUCAGUUCAAUAUAAGUUUGUAACGGUGUAGGAAGAUGAUGAACUUUAUUUCGCAAUUUUUUUUAAUUUCUAUCAGUAUUUUAAUAAUCGACUCAAAUAUUGUGACACAAAAAAGUUUUCAAAAUGAAAAGUACAAUCACAAGUCGACCGAGUUAUCAAGAAAUCAAAUAAUCAAAUUGUCAAAUCUGUCAAAUGUUAGUCAUUUAAAUGAAAUUUUAGAUAACAUAUGCAUUGUGAGAAUUGUUGGAACACCAGAACAUACAAAAGUAAAAAAUUAUAUCAAGAAGUCAUUGGAAGAUCUUAAUUGGACUGUGGAAAUUGAUAGUUUUAAAGAUAAUACUCCAAUUUUUGGUCCUUUAGAAUUCAAAAAUAUAAUUGCAAAGUUAAAUCCCAACGCAAAAAGAUAUUUGGCAUUGGCUUGCCAUUAUGAUUCAAAGUAUACUAAAGAAAGGAAUUUUAUUGGUGCUACAGAUAGUGCAGUACCAUGUGCUCAAAUGAUUAAUUUAGCUAAAGUUAUGAAGAAUUAUUUAGAAUCUAUAAAAAAUAAUGAUAUCAGUUUAAUGUUUAUAUUUUUUGAUGGUGAAGAAGCUUUUAAAGAAUGGGGUCCAAAAGAUUCUAUCUAUGGUGCAAAGCAUUUAGCUAAAAUUUGGCAUAAUAAUUAUACUAAUUUUAAAGAUGGAGAAAAUAUUUCUGAAUUAGAUAAAUUAGAUUUACUAGUUUUGUUAGAUUUAAUAGGUGCACCAGAUCCAACAUUUUAUAAUUACUUUAGCAAUACAGAAAAAUGGUAUUCCAUACUAAUAAACGCUGAAACUAAAUUAGCUUCUUUAAGAAAGUUUGAGUCAUAUUCUUAUGGACAACCUACACAAACGUACUUUCAACCAUAUUCUGUAGAAGCCUAUAUUGAGGAUGACCAUAUUCCUUUCUUACAUCGUGAUACUCCUAUCCUUCAUUUGAUACCGUAUCCUUUCCCAAUUGUUUGGCAUAAAUCAAGUGAUAAUCGUAAUAACAUUGAUUUAAAAACAACAGAAAAUAUAAAUAAAAUUCUAAGAAUUUUUGUAGCUUCAUAUUUACAUAUUAAUAUAUAAUUCCUAAUUAAGAAAUUUUUAUAUUGUUAUAAGACAUUUAUUUUUAAUAUUGCAUAACAAUAUUAUAGAAAAAUAAUAUAAAAUAAUAUAAUAAUAAUAAUAUAAAUAAUAUAAAAUUAAAUAACAUAUAUACGUAAAAGUAAUGAUAUUUUAUGAUAAACUUUGAACAAAAAUUUGAAAUUAUUUUUAAGAUUAAUUUAUAACUUUUAUAGUUUGAAAAUUUAUAUGUUGCAAUUUUGUACUCUAUACAUAUGCCUUUUGUAAGAUAAAUUAUUGUUAAACAAAUUAUUGUAAAUUUAAUAUUAUGUAUUUAUAUGUACAAAUUUACAUAUAUAAAAAUAGAAAAAACUCAUGUAUAUGAAAAAAAA